GGGGGAGGAACCGGGAGGGGGCGCGGGGCUCGUGGACCGCAGGAAGCCAGUUCAUUUCCUCUCCAGAUAAUUACUGCCUUAUUUAAUAAAACCUGUGGCGAGGGAAGGAAGAGGCCCCCAACAUCGCUGAGAAGAGGAGGGCCGAGCCAGCCUGUGAACAGGCCCCGGCGUUCAGUUUUCAAAGGGAACCAGUGAGGAGAACUCCCAAAGAUGGGUGUAUUUGUAUAAACCACCGCAGUAUUAGUAACAUAGAAGAACAUGAGGAGCUGCCUAAUACUGGGCUAGAGUAUUGGUUUAUCUAGGCCAGUAUCGGCCUUGCUGACUGGCAGCUGAAAUGUCAGUGGAGAUCUCUCCCAAACUGGUAUUUGGGUAUAAAUGGCAUGUUGGCUGAGGCUGGAACAACUGGAAGGACACCCUGUGCAAAUAGUUUAAAUCCAGAAAAUUUGUGUUUGUUUGAGUUUGCCUUUGAAAACUACUCCAUGGACACAUAUGGAUUUAAGUUUGAGGGCAUGAUCUGAGGAGACAGCCAGGAUAUGAUAAUGGGACAUUGUGACUUGUGCACUCAGCGGGAUUUCUACUGUAGAAUGGACAUCUACUUUAUGAGAUGGAAAAUUCUGUAAGAACCUCAAAGACUUGACGGGAAUUACCUUGGGAAUCAAAAACCAAGCCAAGAUCCCUGCAGUAGUGUCAGGGAUUACAGGAAUACGUUUUCAUUCUUCCAGCAUAAGAAGAUCUAUCUAGGCAGUUAAAGAAACAUCACUCAUUUUGGUUUAUCCUUUUGCACUGAUUCUUUAAGAAGCAGCUUUGAAGGGGGAGGGGGGUGCCAAAAGACCCCCCUCCCCCAAGAGAGGAUUUUAGACUGGCCACUCUACACCUGUGGAACAAUGAUAUUUACCAGGUUGACGGUGGUGAUUUGAAGCUUAUCAGAGGGGAGGACAUAAGAGGACAGCGUGUGGCCUGUGCCUGUGAAGGAUGCUGAAGAAAAGUAGCCUGAUUCUCUGGGGCGUGGUGCUUUUUGUGGCCUGGAACGCCCUGAUCCUCUUCUUCCUGUGGACUCGGCCACAGUCUUUAUCAGACCAUAGCCACUUAACUGAAGAGGUGAUCCGACUGGCCCAGGAUGCUGAGGUCGAAUUAGAGCGCCAAAAGGACCUUUUACAUCAGAUCUACCGUUACAGUUCCCUUUGGAGCAAAUGGAAGACCAAAAACCUCCACCUGUCAACUCCAGUGUCAGCCCAGCCUUCCACAGCUGUGCUCUUACCCCAUCACAGUCAAAUAUCUCCUGAUGCUGUUUUGCCUGUGGUAGUGAUUGCCUGUGACCGCAGCACAGUCCGCCGUUGUCUAGAUAAACUAUUGCAUUACCGUCCCUCAAAGGAACGAUUCCCCAUCAUUGUAAGCCAGGACUGUGGACAUGAGGAAACAGCUAGAGUCAUUGCCUCCUAUGGAGAUUCUAUCAUGCACAUCAAGCAGCCCAACCUAAGUGAUAUCCCUGUGCCCACUGACCAUCGCAAGUUUCAGGGAUACUACAAAAUUGCUCGACACUAUCGCUGGGCCUUGAGUCAGGUUUUCCGGACCUUCAAAUACCAAGCAGCUAUUGUAGUAGAAGAUGACUUGGAAGUCGCUCCAGAUUUCUUUGAAUACUUUCAAGCAGCUUUUCCACUUCUGCUAGCCGACCCAACCCUUUGGUGUAUCUCUGCCUGGAAUGAUAAUGGCAAGGAACAGAUGGUAGAUGCUGCCCAUCCCGAACUUCUCUAUCGUACUGACUUUUUCCCUGGUCUGGGCUGGCUUCUGCUCUCUGACUUGUGGGAUGAGCUGGAACCCAAGUGGCCCAAGGCUUUCUGGGAUGACUGGAUGCGACAGCCUGAACAGCGGCAGGGCCGUUCAUGCAUCAGGCCUGAAGUGUCACGCACAAUGACUUUUGGCCGUAAAGGCGUGAGCCACGGUCAGUUCUUUGACCAAUAUCUGAAGUUCAUCAAGCUCAAUGACCGUUUUGUGCCUUUCACCCAGAUGGACCUUUCUUACCUCAAGAAGAAUGAGUAUGAACACUCAUUCUUGGCCCGGGUCUAUGGUGCCCCUGAGCUGCGUGUAGAAGAACUACAGGGGAACCAACACCGGGAGUUAGGUACUGUGCGAGUGCAGUAUACCACUCGCGACUCUUUCAAGGCCUUUGCAAAAGCCUUGGGUGUUAUGGAUGACCUCAAAUCAGGAGUGCCCCGUGCUGGCUAUCAGGGCAUUGUCAGCUUUCUUUACCGAGGCCGCCGUGUUUACCUGGCUCCUCCCCGUGACUGGACAGGCUAUGACCCCAGCUGGAGUUAGCAGCUGAUGAUCUUUGAGCAUGUUGGACCCCAUCGGGAAAAGGGUGCUGGGUAGGGGUGGGAGGGCAAAACUCUAUAUUUUCUUCUCCUGUGUGGCAUUCAGGUGCAUUCCAGGAAUGAGGAUUGUUUUGUGCACUUAAUUUGGGGGAGGGGGUAAUGACAGGAGGGAUAGGUUAUGGGGGUAUUCUGAAGCCCCAACAUUGUGGAUGAGAAGGAGCAUUCUGGGCUCUCUCUCCUCUCCCCAGUGCCUAUCUUCCUCCUUGACAUUGCAGCCUGUCCACUCAUUAGAUCCUUGGUGGCUUGUCCAAAUUGGUGCAUUUUGAGGUCAAAGUGAAUGCUAAACCAAAGCAAUGACCCACUGAAGUUUUUCCAGUUUCAUUGAGAUAUAGCAGGCCAGAGCAGCUUGUGAUCUUACAAGGCAGAUGUAACUCAUUAAUCAUGUAGUGUGAUUGGCCACAGACUUAAUACAUAUCUUUAAUUCUAGCCAAGCAAAAUUGGGAGACUUGUUAAGUUCCCAGUAAACUACCAUUCAAAACUGGUACACUGCAUUCAACUUGAUAGGUCACAGAUAAGCUAUAGAGAGAAAAUAAAGGUUUUUCUCAUCUCUUGGCUGCUGCUUCACUUCUCACCUGGGCAUAUGUAGGGUUUUGAAAGCAGGAAGCUCUUUUGAAUGACGAUUGAACCCUCAAAAGGACCAUCUUUAUUGACCAUAUUGGCCAUUUUUAUGUUGAUCUCUUAGAUAUCCUAAUUCUUUAACCCUAUUGAAUGGGACAAUGGAGAUACAAUGUGCACAAUGACAAACUUAAUAUGAUUGUCACUCAGAUGAGAUGGAAAGGGAGGUCAGAGCCUCUUUUAUUGCUUUUACUUGGGCACUAAGGGUAGUUGGAGAGCAUGAACACAUGCUACCUUUGUACAGCUCCAUGCUGGGGCCUGUUAAUUUUAGCUUAAAUGAAGUUUUGGAUGGAGGUGGGCAUUUUCUUCUCAUCCUCUCACCUGGUAAUGAGAUACAUGAAGUUCUGGCUUUGCAACCUUCUAGUUGGUGCCUGCCAAAGGAACUUCCCGUCAAAUGGUUCUUUCUGUAAGCUACAACAGAAAAUAAAGGGAUGCAGGUGAGCCUUUAAGUUUGAAGAUGCCCUUCUAUAAAAUUCCUCUUGGGCAUUGGGGGGAAGGCCCAAGGCUAGCUCUUUGUGACACAUGAGGGAACUUGCAAACAUUUCAGUCUCCACUUGUAAUCUGAAAUAACAGAGGCUUCACAUAUAUCUGUUGCCUGUAUAUUUAAGGGAAGCUGACUGAUGGCUUGAUGUCAGUGCCAUGUUCUCUUCCCAGGUUUAUGAGGAGAACUUGCCCAAGGCUGCCUUAAUUUCCCUGGUGUAGGAACUCCAUCCUGAUCUGUGGCAGAGUGUGCUUGUGACUCUGCUGCAGUUUUUAAUUACUGGUUUUUCUGAAUGGCCAUAUUGGAAUUGGUCACUGCUACAUACUUGGGAACAGUGUGGGCACUAAGAGUGGAGGGAGGAGACUUCUUGAGGCAUUGGAGCAUCUCAUGAAAGGACUUCUCCAACAAAGGAGUCUAGCCUUAUUCGGUGGGGCAGUGUCCAUUUUCCCCAUUCUUGCCUUUGGGAGUUGCCAUUUUACUGCUCCAGCUGCCACUUUAUGAGGCAGGCAUGAGGAAGUGACUUCAGACCUCCUUUGGCCAAAUUUUAGACCACACCAAAGGGUAUUGCUUUAUUUGAAUGCUUAUUACUUUUUCUCUCUUUUUUAAAAAUACAUCAGACCACCUCUAUGAUGAAUGGAGGAAGAAAGACUGUGUUUUGGCAUUCCACUUCAGUAAGGAAGUGGUUAAAUGAAAUAGGUAUGGGAGGUUUUCCCUCCAUAUAUCUGCUCUUCUAGCUGGGGCAAGUGGGAGGGUAGGAGAUGGGAGGCUGCUGUGAAUGGUUUGAUGCAUCUGCUUAUGUCCUGAGAUUUUCUUUUGAAAAAAGAAACUAAUGCUGCAGAGGAUGAGGCUCUCUAAAGAAAGAAAAAAUGUCCUGUUGUGAUCUGCAUCUCAAAUUUUGAUAAUUUGGAAAUGUUCAUAAGUUGAUUUAACUUUAAUUCUUUGAGAGAGACUACUAUUUGCCAAUUUUCUAGGUUGGGCUUCCAUUUGAAAAGAAAGUAAAAUAGGGCAGAAAUGUAUAUAGAACAUGAGUGGGGAUGUCUCCGUGGAGAGCAAAGAUCUUUUGGCAUGAUGCUACUUGCGUUUAACAACUUCCAGAAUAUACAUGUGAAAAUUAUCACUUGAGUCAUCUGUCUACAAUGUGGUACCCUUCAGAAAUGUAACCCAUCUUAUCUGGAUGAGGGGCAGGGGGUGAAAGAUGGUGGCAAUGGAUGCUUUGGCAGGUUGUUUUAAUCCCUACUUUUAGGAUUUGCUGGAUCCAGGGUGAGGAAUUGCCAUUUCAAAACUAGAAACAGUAACAGAACUGUUCUUACUUUUGUUUUUGUGUUCUGUGACUCAGCUUGAUGUCUCAGUUUGCAAGUCCACGACCGUUUCCUAUCAGUAGAAGGCAGCUGCUGAAGUUCUGGAAGAAGGGGAGGGAAAAUGGACUCUCUUUCUGGCUCCCUCCUUCUUUCCUCUUUGUCCUCUGGUGCUCAGUCAGUCAAUCAAUCAAUCCAAUCAAUCAAUCAAUCAAUCAAUCAGGGAAAUGGAAAUAGAAUAAGAGGGCAGAGCUACUAAAUCAUUUUCUUUCUGACUCCUCAGUUCUAUGUAACUUAAUCCAUACCAUCUGUGGCCCAAACUCUUUUCUUUGGCCUACUGUCUGUGUUAGUGUUUGUCCUAGGUCGCAGUGAAAUGAUCACACUUUCCAUUGCAGUUAGUGAUUUUGGUGAAACAACUGGAAGAUGCUCAGCGGAGCAGCAGAAAGGAAACUCCACCAGCAGCUACAGUUUUUCCCCCUUUCUGUCCUGAGCUGCCUUCUGUUCAUGAAAAUAUCUCUGCUGAAAUUCCAACUGUCUGUACAUCUGAAUGUUUGAAUCCAGGUGUUUGAUGAAGAGAUGCUGAUUUUAUGUUCAGACCUAAUUGGUGAGAAAAGCUUAAAGAAGCAAAAACUUAUUUUCCACAAUAAAAUAAAAGCCGGUCCUUUUCAGACA